AUGUUCCCCGGUCGGGUCAGGAGGCGACUCCCGGACCAGCGUUGGACAAAAGAUAUAUGGGAUGCGUAUUGUGUAAGACUCAAGGAGUAUCUUACACUUCCCGAGCUCGAUCAAAAAUAUAGGGUCGAUGACCCCGAUCCAACUGAAUCAGAAGAUCCUGAUGAUUUUCUUGCGGCUAUGACACCAGAGAUGUGGGAAAUGCCUCCGUCUAUGUUUUCCGGAGAGUCUCCAUCAGAAGAAGAGAUAUCCGAACUUGUAGGCGGCAAAAGCCUACGACUACACACAUUCAAGUACCCCGAGGCGGGAAUUUCCUACUCUUACGAAGAUUGGAAACAGGGAAAGACAAUCAAGUCUUUCAUUGAGAAAAGGAAAGACUACAGCCGCUCUCCACCCAGUGAACACCAAUACCAGUCUAUAUCCCUACAAGACGAGUUUCGGAAAGACGGCCUACAAGUGAUCGUUCGCAUAUCUAGUAUUGAUCUCACACCGGAGAAUCCAUGCUAUCAGGGUGAUGACGACUUCCACGUUGAUGGUUUGUUAAACGAACACAUUGUCGCUACCUCACGGUACUACUACGACGUGGAAAACAUCACCGAAGCGUAUAUAUCCUUCCAACAAGAAGAUGAACUCGACCCAUAUGAGUGUCGAAUUGGGAUGGAUGCAAUGCACAAAAUCUUUGGUCUUCCAGUUAUAAAGAAUUCCGAAGGAUUCACCUUGUGGACUCCAAGGCUCCAAACUUUAGGCUCCGUGGUCACAUAUCAAGGUCGAUUUCUAGCCUGGGCCAACUCUCUUCGACACAAAAAUAAAUCAUUCUCGCUGGAAGAUGCUACCCGCCCCGGUCACCAAAGAUACAUUACCCUUUUCCUGGUUGACCCCCAUUACCGGAUCUGCUCCACUCGAAAUGUUCCUCCACAGCAACAUGAAUGGUGGCGAGAGUCGGUCCUGGCCAAUGUGGACUCUUUGAAUAGGUUGCCACAGGAGCUGGCGGAUCUUAUCAUGGACGAGACUAAGGACUGGCCAGUUGGUGUAAUGGAAGCAGAGAAAUGGAAACAUGAAUCGGACGCAGAGCGUGAGCGUGCUAGGGAGGUACAAAUUCGAGCAGUUGACUAUUCUGAUUUUGAGGUCCUCUCUUUUUCGGCGAGGAAGACAUUGUAG